AUGAUGGCUUGGCAAGACGAGGAGGAUGAGUGUCUCGUCAAGUCAACUUUUGACUUGGAUCUCAUGCGGGAUGCUUUGAAAGGCGUUAACACAGAUAUCUUAGAACAGAAGAAAUUCUUUGCGUUGGAUGCAAUUGGAACUGGCUUACUGCCUCCGGAAAUUGGAGCACCUAUUUCCUUAUUGCUUAAUGUAGCCAACGACCUCAAAAAGAAACGCGACGCAAUCGUGAACGGCAUCGCGUCUGAUCUUUUCGGCGACGAAUUGAUUAAUACUCUUUCCAAAUCGAAGCAGGACAAGAACGGCUUCUUCACGAAAUGCAAUUUGAAACACAGUGACUUUGUACAGUCUGCGGAGGGCGUGCCCCCACUGGUUGAGAUCAACCGGGCAAAUAACACGGUUUUCUUCAAGUUUGCCUCUCGCGAAUGCACGGCUAACAUUAUUAUUCUACGUUGCGUUUAUUCUGAGGCGUGCAUGGAAAGGGAAGACUGCAAGGAACUUGCAGCCGAGGGUAUGAAGAAUGCACCACCGCCCGAGAACGUGAACGCCAGGGGUAUUGUCGGUGGAGCCUUGAAGGGAGUGGCUGGAAUUGUGAGGGACGUUGGCAGGUAG